CAGGCCCUAGAUACAUUUGAAGGCGCGCGUAUUUGAAAACGGCCAAAACCCAAAACCCCGCUCGGGAACAUUAACAAAACUGUCGCGAUCAACGAAACAACAAAGAUCGUGCCUGGGUUAACUUAGCUAACUUGUUUCCGGCGCGAGUGUUAACCAGUGUGUCUGUGUGUGCGCGUGUACCUGUAACCUGCGCGAGUGUGUUACCUGCUGCCCCGUUGCUAAAUUAAUAUUUUUUUUCGAACAUUUUUUUUCUGUGUCGUCGCUGCCGCUGCAAAACUGGUUGCUGGCAGCACAAAAAAAGAAGCAGAAUCUAGCUGUGAAAAGAAGUAGCAGGAGAAGAACGCAAAGCAGAAUAAGAAGAAGCGAACAACAGUUGUAUUUUUGUUCGUCUCUCGGUUUAUUUGAUUGGUUUUUCGGUUUGGAAAAUCAAGGUAGCAGCAUCCAGUAAUCUAGCGAGUAAAAAAUCGCAACGCAUCCAGAAUGCCCUGCUCGGCGGUAACACUGUCGAUAGCGACGAUCUGUGCGAUCAUCGCCACCGCUCUGCUGGCCAUUGCCUUCUCCACGGACAACUGGCUGCACUACGAUGUCUGGCGCAAUCAGAUACAGUCCUUUGCCUCAAAGCAUUCAGAUGCCGAAUCGCUGCUGUACAACAUGAACAUGAAGUACUAUUACUAUACGAGAACACGUGGACUCUUCCGCAUUUGUUAUCCGAAGGAACGGCCACCAGCAUCAGCAGUGCCCACAUAUCUGUCACCGAUUGAGACACACUGCUCGAACAUUGACUACUUUCCGCAGGCGGAGGAUGAGAAAAUUGCCAACGAGGAUGCCACAUCACGACUGCAUUUGGCCCGCUCCUGCAUUGCUCUGUUUAUAAUAAGUUUUGUGACUAUUUUCUGUGCCUUUUGGACCGGUCUGUCGGGCUGCUGGAAACGCUCAUCGGGCGCAAUAACUGCCACAUCGAUAUUGUUGCUGGUCACGUGCCUUUUGGCUGCCGGGGCCAUGGGUCUCUGGCAUACGGUGGAGUUCUUUGAGAAGGAAAAGGUCGUUGGCGAGGAUUACUUUCAGCAGUGGAAUACGGUUCUUCGCGAUAAUACAAAGAUUGCCUACGAUUGGUCGUACAUUGUGGCCUGGGCUGGCAUUGGGACAUGCCUGCUGUCGGCCAUUCUGCUGUCGGGUGCCGCCGUCUGUCUGCGCAACGAGCGCGAGAAGGAGGAGCAGCUGAAUCUGCAAUAUCUGAUGCCUGUGUACUCGCAGAAGCAGCCACCGUAUCCGCCGUAUGCCAAUUAUGCACAGCCACAGAUCUAUCCGGGUCCCUACUACCAUGGCUCGCAAUAUGGCCCCUACAACUAUUAGGACUAGGGAGAGGUCCCAGAGGUAAAGAGAGCAUCAUCAGCAGAACUUAAGGAGCAUCAGCAGACGAAGGAUUCAACGAAACGAACGAAAGAGAGACAGAAAGCAGUACCCCUCCCACGUCUUCACACUGCAAUAUACAUAUAUAUAUCACA